AUGUUUGGCUUUAACUCUACUAAAUUCAGCAAUCCUAGUACCUUCAUCUUGAUGGGUGUACCUGGCCUAGAAGAUUUACACAUUUGGAUAUCAAUCCCUUUCAGUCUAAUGUAUGUUGUUGCCCUCUUGGGAAACAUACUCACCAUUUUUAUCAUCAAAACAAAACCUGUUCUCCAUGAACCUAUGUUUUAUUUUCUUUCCAUGUUGGCUGUUACAGACCUCAUCUUAUCUACUUCCACUCUUCCAAAGAUGUUGGGUAUAUUCUGGUUUAGCUCUCAUAAAAUUGAUUUCCAUGCCUGCCUCACUCAGAUGUUUUUCAUCCACGCCUUCUCUGCAGUGGAGUCAGGGCUUCUGGUGGCCAUGGCUCUUGACCGAUAUGUGGCAAUAUGCAAUCCUUUGAGACACACAUCUAUUCUUACAAAUUCUGUGGUGAUUCAGGUCGGCGCAGUGGCACUUCUACGUGGGUUAGUGCUAAUGACACCACAUCCUUUCUUAGUUGGGAUGUGGCCAUAUUGUCGGACUAAUGUAGUUCCUCACACAUACUGUGAGCAUAUGGCUGUGGUGAAAUUGGCUUGUGCUGACAUUACUAUCAAUAGUCUUUAUAGUUUGGCAGUUAUCAUGUUUAUUGUUGGAACUGACGUGACAUGCAUCUCUUUGUCCUAUGUACAUAUAUUUCGUGCUGUGUUCAAUCUACCAUCCAAAGAUGCCAGGUUGAAGACUCUCAGCACUUGUGGAUCCCAUGUUUGUGUCAUUCUGACCUUCUAUAUCCCUGCUCUUUUCUCCUUCCUCACCCAUCGUUUUAGUGCUCAGAUACCACGUCACAUUCAUAUUCUGCUGGCGAAUAUGUACUUGCUUGUACCCCCUAUGUUGAAUCCUAUUAUCUAUGGAGUAAGGACUAAACAGAUUCGAGAUUGUGUUUUACAAUUAUUUAAUACUAAAGUCAACUGA